AUGCUCCUUGAUAUUUUUUAGAACUUAUAAGCUUAGUUCUUUUCGUUGAUAAGAAUUAUUCAAAAAAAGAAAGUUAAGAUAAAAAAUUCUAUAAGAAAGUAAUAGACUCAAUAUAAUACUAAUAAUUUAGCAAAUCAAUUUCUGAAGUUGAAAUUCAUUAUUUAUGAUUUGUAGAUUUGAAUGAUUUGAAACCAUCAACAAUACAAUUUGUCGAAUUAAUGAAAGAUUAAAUGCCUAUAAUAAAUAACUGAAGAGUACUUAAUUUAAGUUAGAAAUGGAAUAAAAUUAAAAGUAAUCAAGCAUAUGAUGAGAAUGUAAAAAUAAAAUAGUUGUAUAAUAUUAUCUCUUUUCAUAAAAAUUCAAAUUUAUCUGAAUCAACAAGGCUGUCAAACACAAAAAUUCAGAAGGAACAAAAUAUAAGAAAUAAGUUUUAUAAAAUUAUAAUUAGAAUAAACCACUGUUAAAGAGCAAAAUAAAUUAAGAGAAUGUUUAAGAAUUCAAAAAUCAGAGUUAAUUUGAUUAGUAUAAAAAAAUAACCCAACCAUAUUGAUAUAAUGAUAGAAUCUAUAAAAACUGAAUUAUAAUAAUAGCUACAAUAAAUUUAAAGUAGUAAUAAUACAAGUCCAGCGAAUAAAAAUGUGUAUUAUAAAUCAGUUUUUAGUCCAAUAGGAUCAGUAAAACCAAAUAUAAAUUUUCGGAAAAUACAAUAUAAUGUUACAGCCAAAGUAUUUCAAUUUAUAUGGAUAUAAGUAUAAUAUAAUUUUUUAAUUUUGAUAGAAUAGAUUAAAUGCUUUAUCUAAAAAUAAAUAAAUGAAUAGAGUCGUUUGUUUGUAAUAAAAUAAGAGGAUAUUUCAUAUUAUAAUUAUAUAUUAUAUAUAAUAAAAAGAAUUCUGUGUUUAUUUCCAUUUUGAUGACAUAGAAAAAUAAAAAAAUAAUAUGUAAAAAUUUAGGAAUAUUGCAUCUUUUUCGUCAAUUCCAUCAUAUUUUACCCUUGACCCAUAUUAAUUGUAAAAAAGUGUAACAAUAAACUAGAUCAUCUAGGAAACCAUAUAUGGUGUAAAAUUUUUUGAGUGGAAAAUGGAUAAAUUCUGAUAAGUAUGAAUAAAUAAUAGAUCCACUUAAUGGUGAACCAUUUAUUUAAGUUCCAGAUAGUUAAGAUAAAGACUUACUAUAAGAAUAUAUAAAAUCAGCAAAAGAUUGUCCAAUUAGUGGAUUGCAUAAUCCAAUAAAAAAUCCAUAAAGGUAUUAAGUUUAUGGAGAAGUGUGUCAUAAAAUAGCAGCAGAACUAAAAAAAAAAGAAGUUCAUGAUUUUUUUGUAAAAUUAAUAUAAAGAGUUGUGCCAAAACAUUAUUAAUAAGCAUCAGGGGAAGUAGUAGUGACAGAAAGAUUUUUUUAGAAUUUUAGUGGUGAUUAACCUCGUUUUUUAACAAGAUCAUUUAAUGUAGCAGGAGAUCGUGAUGGAUAAUAAUCAACAGGAUAUAGAUGGCCUUAUGGAUCUUGUGCUGUAAUAGCUCCAUUUAAUUUUCCACUAGAAAUUCCAAGUUUAUAAAUAUUUGGUGCAUUGAUAACAGGAAACAAAGUAUUCUUUAAAGGAGAUAAUAGAGUAAAUGUAGUGAUGGAAUAAAUGUUAAGAUUGGCAUUACAUUGUGGUUUACCAGAAAAAGAUGUAGAUAUGUUAUUUGCAGAUGGAAAAUCAACUGAAUAUAUAUUGAAAAAAGGGAAUUUCCGUAUGACAUAAUUUACAGGAUCAUCUACUAUUGCUGAACAUUUAACAAAAGUAUUGAAUGGAAAGAUAAGAAUUGAGGAUGCUGGAUUUGAUUGGAAAAUACUUGGUCCCGAUGUACCAGAUGUAGAUACAUAAAAUUAUGUUGCUUGGUAAUCUGAUUAAGAUGCUUAUGGAAGUACAGGUUAGAAAUGUUCAGCAUAAAGUAUUCUAUUUGUUCAUGAGAAUUGGGUUUAAGCAAAGUUUUUAGAUAAAAUUAAGCAAUUAGCUAGUACAAGAAAUUUGAAUGAUUUAAGUUUAGGUCCUAUUAUAACUUGGAAUAAUUCUAAAAUAGAAUAGCAUAUUAAAUCUAUUUUAGAAAUUCCUGGAUCUAAAAUAUUGUUUGGAGGUUAAGAAUUAAAAAAUCAUUAAAUUCCAUCAGUUUAUGGUGCAUAUGAGGCAACAGCUGUUUAUGUUCCAUUAAAUUAAAUAUUGAAUAAUAAAUAGGUGACAAAAGAAUUAUUUGGACCAUUUUAGAUUGUUACAACAUAUUCUUCAAAUUAAAUAGAUGAUGUUUUAAAAAUUAUAAAUUAGUUUGAGAAUCAUUUAACAGCUGGUAUAGUGAGUAAUGAUGUAAAUUUCUUAAGAUAUGUUUAAUCAAAUACAACAAAUGGAGUAACAUAUAGGUAAAUAGAGAUGAUAAUAUUUUUAGUGGUAUAAGAGCAAGAACUACAGGUGCUCCUUAAAAUCAUUGGUUUGGACCAUGUGGUGAUCCAAGAGGAGCAGGUAUUGGUACACCUGAAGCAAUUUUAUCAGUAUGGACUACUCACAGAGAAAUUAUUCAUGAUACAUAAUUAGCUCCAAGUGGAUUCAAAGGAUAAUAAAGUUGA